AUGGGACUUCUUACAAUCAUCCGGAAGAACAAGGCCAAGUCGAAAGAGAUGAGGGUGCUCUUUUUGGGCUUGGACAAUGCAGGGAAGACAACGAUAUUGAAAAAGCUUAACAAUGAGAACAUUUCUGAUAUAAGUCCGACCCUGGGCUUCAACAUAAAGUCUCUCAUCCGUCACGGGUAUACACUCAAUAUUUGGGAUGUUGGGGGCCAGCGAACAUUACGGCCAUACUGGCGCAAUUAUUUUGAAUCUACGGAUGCUGUCGUAUGGGUGGUGGAUUCCUCGGAUCGAAUGAGAAUAAAAGACUGCAGGGACGAGCUGAAAGAGCUGCUGCAAGAAGAAAGACUUGCCGGAGCGACGCUACUGGUCUUUGCCAACAAGCAGGAUCUUGACGGGUCCAUGAGCCUCGAGGAGAUACGUGAUGCGCUCGAACUCAAGAGUAUUGCAUCUCAUCGCUGGGUCGUAUACCCAUGUUCAGCGUUCACCGGUAAAGGGCUCGACGAAGGGAUGGACUGGGUAGUGAAAGAAGUCGCCUGCAGGCUUUAUUGGAGUGGAUUGGACAGCAAAUAG